AAUGCCCACGUUGAUCUAACUAGUAUACCAACCGUUUGUGAACCAAGCUAACCAUGAUGAUUAAGCUGUUAUUUGUUGCGUUGCUUUGCGUGGCGGUGUUCGCCGAUUCAGAAGACGAUCAAAUUGGACCUCAAUUUGACAUUUCAAAUCGUGUUCCAUUAAAGAUGUGGCUGGGACCAGGGAGUGCAAUGGGCGAAACGGCUCGAAUUCACUCUUUAGUAAAACGUGCUGCACAAAACCAACCACCGGGACCACCACCACAGGGGAGACCACCACAGGGGGGACCACCACAGGGGGGACCACAGGGACAACAGGGACAACAAGGACAAGGACAAUACGGGCAAGGACAACAGGGAUAACUAGAGUUUGGUCUUCCAUGAAUACUGAAGUCUGUUCAUUGCGAGACAAAAAUGAUUAGAUUUAACUUAGCACUGUAUACAUUUUAUUAAAUUACUCGCACAACUGAGAAUUCCAUGGAUUUAGGAUAAUAAAAUUUAGCAUUGCAGAAA